GCCUGCGCCCGCGGCCGCGGCGCUCCACGUGGGCCCCGUGGCAUCAUGGCGGGAGCCGAGGCGCCCCCGCCGCAGAAGCGCUAUUACCGGCAGCGCGCGCACUCCAACCCCAUGGCGGACCACACGCUGUGCUACCCCGUGAAGCCAGAGGAGAUGGACUGGUCUGAGCUUUACCCAGAGUUCUUUGCUCCGCUAACUCAAAAUAAGAGCCACGAUGAUCCAAAGGAUAAGAGAGACGAGCAGUCCCGGGCCCAAGUGGAGUUUGCAGACAUCGGCUGUGGCUAUGGUGGCUUGUUAGUGGCACUGUCACCACUCUUCCCAGACACCCUGAUCCUGGGUCUGGAGAUCCGGGUGAAGGUGUCGGACUACGUGCAAGACAGGAUUCGGGCUCUCCGAGCGACCCCCGGAGGCGGAUUCCAGAACAUCGCCUGUCUGCGCAGUAACGCCAUGAAGCACCUUCCCAACUUCUUCCGCAAGGGCCAGCUAAAGAAGAUGUUCUUCCUCUUCCCCGACCCGCAUUUUAAGCGAACGAAACAUAAAUGGCGAAUCAUCAGCACCACGCUGCUGGCGGAAUAUGCCUACGUGCUGCAAGUUGGGGGCCUGGUGUACACUGUGACCGACGUGCUGGAACUGCACCAGUGGAUGUGUGCCCAUUUUGAAGAGCACCCACUGUUUGAGCGUGUGUCUCUGGAAGAGCUAAGUGAAGAUCCCAUCGUGGAACAUCUAGGCACGUCAACUGAGGAAGGAAAGAAAGUUCUACGCAAUGGAGGGAAGAAUUUCCCAGCCAUUUUCCGAAGAAUACAGGACCCCAUCCUCCAGGUGGUGACCCCCAACCCCACGCUGCCUGACCACUGACUUCUUACCCUGCCUUAGCCGGACUCGCUCUACUAGUGACUGGAAGAGAGCUCAGCUCCCCGUUCCAGGCCUUCUGAGACUGGGGGCGCAAAGGCCUCGAUCUCCGAGACUGGGGGCGCAAAGGCCUCGAUCUCCGAGACUGGGGGCGCAGAGGCCUUGAUCUCCGAGACUGGGGGCGCAGAGGCCUUGAUCUCCGAGACUGGGGGCGCAGAGGCCUCAAUCUCUGAGACUGGGGGGGCAGAGGCCUCGAUCUCCGAGACUGGGGGGGCAGAGGCCUCGGUCUCCGAGACGUGCGGCCUGCGGUCUCCAUCGCUGACCACUGCUCUCUCAGCCCUCCGCUGUCAGAAGAAAGCACAAGAGGCUGGCUGGAGAGGCCAGAGGACCUUGGACCA